AUGGACACCUUUCGCGUCCGAUUAAACUGCAUCGAUGAUUAUCAGGCCGUCCCUACUGAAUUCGAUCCACCAGUUCCUUUUGCGGCUGGAGCUUCACAACGGACAGCCAGACCGAAGGUACCAGUAAUUCGAGCUUUUGGUGCAACAGAAACUGGCCAGAAGGUCUGUGUACAUAUUCACGGAGCUUUUCCAUACCUAUAUAUCGAGUAUAGAGGCGGUCUUGGACAGGAUGAAGUAAAUGAUGCUAUACGCAAUCUACACAAAUCCAUCGACCACGCUUUGGCGAACAGUUAUCGCCAUAAUGCAUACGAUGGAAGAGUGGCGUAUGUCGCUCAUAUCUCUCUGGUCAAGGGAAUCCCAUUCUAUGGAUAUCAUGUCGGCUAUCGGUAUUACUUAAAAAUUUAUCUAUUGAAUCCCUUGAACAUUAUUCGGCUUGCCGAUCUUUUACGCCAAGGAGCUGUGAUGAAAUACCCACUACAACCUUAUGAAAGUCACCUCCAAUUUAUCCCGCAAUGGAUGUGCGAUUACAACUUGUACGGUUGUGCAUAUAUGGACUGCGCGAAAGCAAAGUUCCGGUCUCCGGUCCCAGAAUACCUUGAGCUGUCUAAUUUGGAUCAUCGGUGGCACGAUCGAACCAUACCGCCGGAGUACAUCACUAGUGAGGCAGUUUUACCGAAGCAGAGUCAUUGCACAUUAGAAGUCGAUGUUUGUGUACAAGAUAUUCUUAAUCGAAAGGUAAUCAAGGAACGACCGCUUCAUCACGAUUUUAUCGAACGCAAGCAUCCCAUAUCGGCAGAAGAAAAACUCGUUCACAGUAUGGCUGGACUAUGGCAGGACGAGACGCACAGGCGCAAGAAAAGACUGGGAAUCAAGGAUCCCAGUAGUAGCCCUUUUGCAGUUGAAGAACUUGUUUCUAUGUCGGCUAGUCCUCGUGAUCAGAAUAAGGCUGCCUGGAUCCACGAAGAGGAAUUUCGUGACCAUUUACUCAGAAUUGUCGAGGAGGAGAAAAACGGCAGGAACGAAACAAUAUCUUUUGAUAAUUACGUGAAGCAUGAUACUAUGGAAGACAUGGUUCAAUCAGCGCUCGAAAGCGUGGAGGACCUUUAUCCACAAAAGCUGGAACCAUUGAUGACUCAAGUUGCGCAAUCGGACGGUGACCAAGCGGCUGUUACGAAUGCUUAUCAUACCACGAUUUUUUCAGAUGGAUUUCAGGUUGAUGAUGAAUGGGAGAAUGAAUACUCUAAUCCGGAAGAUGGAUAUGAUAAAGAAGAUGGUCUAUCUAGUAGCUCCUUUCAGAUCGACGAUGAACUGCUGGAUGCUUUCGCCGAGGAAAUUAACGGAAUUGAUGAUACGAGAAGAAAAUACGAGAAGGGAAAGAUAGAUUCAGAAGACUCGCGUUUAGGUUAUUCGGCCUCCAAACGGGGACAAGCUGAUGAUACCAUCUCUCCAGAAGAAAGGGUCAGAAAGCGCCCGAAAAAUGAAUAUGGCGAUAGCUCAAAGGAUGAGUCAAAAUCCAAACGAGCGGAUGAUAGCUUCUCCUCAUUCGAUGUAGCGUCAAUCUUACAGGAAAAAGAUGAAGAAUGUGAACGUGGCGGGCCAAAUGAGACUCCGCCCGAUCAUCCACAAAUCGGACUUGAUUCUUCUCAAAAGGCCGUGUGGGCUGGCCAGAAUCAACGGCUCUCAUUCCCUGUGGUCAAAGAUCCAAAUGAUCCGAUGACUGUUUCACGAUUCAGUCAGAGAAGCGGACUGUCCAAAGAACAUUCACAACUAUCUCAGGUCUCGGUGGAUUUCGAUAUUAGGGAAAGUAAUGGUGUGGAAAAACCCUUCUCGGAGCCGACCUUGGAAAGCAGCAGUAAUAGCACGGUGGCACACACCCAUAUGCCUAGCAAUAUGACUGGUGUCUAUCAAGCUUUCGAUAUCCCUGCUAACCGCAAAAUCCUCUUCUAUCGUUUCCCAUGUCCAACAGCAAGAGACGUCAAGGCCAGUAUCGAAGACGAGGGACGACCUGCAGUGGUUUAUCAAAAACCAUUUUACAGUGACGACAACGACGUUCCAGAACGGUCACGCGAAUAUGCUGGACGUGAAUUCCGCUUAGUUAGUGACUCAAUACGAUAUUUGCCUCAUUUCGAGCUAAAAGGUACAAACACCCAUCUUUUUGCUGAAAAUUUGCCGCCCAUCCCAAGUCCUGAUGAACAACGAAAGGAAGAUCGAAGACUUCGGGAAUUGUCCUUGGCACAAAUCUGGGAGUUUGCUCAGCUUCCUCCCACUCGCAACGAAGUUGUUGAAUGGUUUGAAAAAGAAGAGAAAGCUCAAGAAAAGGAAGCAGUAACCCCACGAAUUCGGUUACAGUUAACAAAGUCAAAUGUCAUGUCACAGAUUGAGGGAGCGACGCAAAAGAAUCCGUACGGGUUUAAAUACUCUCAGAAGCAACAGUCUACUAGCGUCGUGCAUCAGACGCAGUACAUGAGCGUAAUGAGCUUGGAAGUUCAUGUGAAUACUCGCGAAAGUUUGGCUCCAAAUCCAGAGGAGGAUGAAAUAAGUUGCGUGUUUUGGAGUCUCCGAUCGGAUGACGAGGAUGUGGACGUCAAUAGCCAUUUGGAAGGCGUGCACUUGGGUAUUUUGGCACAACCAGCGGAUGUGUUAGUCCCAGUUGCUGCAUCCUUGUCUAUUGAAGUUCAGACGGAAGCUUCUGAGCUAGACCUGAUUACGAGUCUGGUCGAUAUUGUGCGGUCCCAUGAUCCGGACAUCAUCACAGGCUACGAAGUCCACAAUUCGUCCUGGGGAUAUCUCAUCGAAAGAGCUCGAGUAAAGUACGAAUAUGAUUUAUGCAAUGAGCUAUCGCGAGUCAAGACUUCGGCACACGGGAGAUUUGGCAAGGACAGUGAUAGAUGGGGAUUCAAUCAUACUUCCUCCAUUUCCGUGACUGGACGCCACAUGAUCAACAUCUGGCGAGCUAUGAGGAGCGAAUUGACUCUGCUGGGUUACACCAUGGAGAAUGUGGUAUUUCAUCUACUGCAUAGACGGAUUCCUCAUUACCCAUUCCGGGAGUUGACUCGUUGGUUUACCGGAAGCAAGCCUCGCGAUAUGAUGAAAGUCAUGGAGUAUUAUCUUUCACGCGUCCAGUUGGAUCUGGAAAUCCUGGACACAAACGAACUGAUACCACGGACUAGUGAACAAGCUCGAUUGCUUGGAGUGGACUUUUUCUCGGUGUUUUCGCGCGGGUCACAAUUCAAGGUGGAAUCGUUGAUGUUUCGAAUCGCCAAACCUGAGAAUUUUAUGCUGGUAACUCCUAGUCGAAAACAAGUCGGUCAACAGAAUGCUCUUGAGUGCCUGCCGCUUGUAAUGGAACCUCAAAGCGACUUUUAUACAAGCCCGUUACUCGUUUUAGACUUUCAGUCUUUAUAUCCAAGCAUCAUCAUCGCAUACAAUUACUGCUACUCAACAUUCCUUGGAAGACUUGACAACUGGCGAGGACGAGGCAAAAUGGGCUUCAUGGAAUAUGAACGACAGGAACGAAUCCUUGAACUGCUAAAAGACCACGUUAAUAUUGCGCCUAACGGUAUGAUUUAUGCCAAACCCGAGAUUCGGAAAUCUCUACUUGCGCGCAUGUUGAGCGAAAUUCUGGAAACUCGAGUGAUGGUGAAGAGUGGGAUGAAAGCGGACAAAGACGACAAGACGCUGCAGCAGUUACUUAAUCAUCGUCAGUUGGCGCUGAAGAUGAUUGCCAACGUUACUUAUGGUUAUACAUCGGCAUCUUUCUCUGGCCGAAUGCCUUGUUCUGAAAUUGCAGAUAGUAUUGUUCAGACGGCGCGGGAAACUCUGGAGAGGACAAUUGCUUUCAUUCACUCGGUCGAUCAAUGGGAUGCUGAGGUAGUAUACGGCGACACGGAUAGCCUGUUCAUUUCUCUGAAGGGUCGAACACGUGAUGAAGCUUUUACAAUUGGCGAGGAGAUCUCCAAAGCAGUGACGAAGAUGAACCCACGUCCAGUCAAACUAAAGUUUGAAAAGCUCUAUCAUCCCUGCGUGCUACUCGCCAAAAAGCGGUACGUUGGUUUUAAAUACGAGCAUCGAGAUCAAGUCGAACCUGAAUUCGAUGCCAAGGGAAUCGAAACGGUUCGUCGUGACGGCACACCUGCAGAGCAAAAGAUUGAGGAGAAGGCACUGAAGAUCCUGUUCCGGACUGCAGACUUGAGUAGAGUCAAGAGUUACUUUCAGAAACAGUGCCUUAAGAUUAUGCAAGGCAGAAUUUCAGUCCAGGAUUUCUGUUUUGCGCGUGAAGUCAGACUGGGGACGUAUAGUGAGAAAGGCACACUUCCUGCAGGAGCGUUGAUUAGCACGAAAAAGAUGUUGGAGGACCCACGUCUGGAGCCACAAUACGGCGAACGCGUUCCAUAUGUUGUGGUCACUGGUGCACCUGGAGCAAGACUUAUUGAUCGCUGCGUGGCUCCCGAAGUGUUACUUAACAACGCUCAUCUCGAGUUGGACGCCGAGUACUACAUUACGAAAAACCUCAUUCCCCCACUAGAGCGAAUCUUCAACCUUGUCGGCGCAAAUGUUCGCCAGUGGUAUGACGAAAUGCCCAAAAUACAACGAAUUCGCCGCAUUGAAGGGGCAUUCACAGGACAAGGCGACAACAACAACAGCAGCAACACAACAAUAUCCAAGAAAACUCUCGAAUCAUACAUGAAAUCCUCAAUAUGUCUCAUCUGCAAAAAUAAACUCACAGACAAAAACAGCGAUCUCCCGCUCUGCAACAACUGUACCAGUCAAAGUCACGUCUCUUUAUUCAAGUUGACAUCACAACUCCAACAAGCCGAGCGACGGACGAGUAAUCUUCUCAAGAUCUGUCGGUCGUGUAUGGUCGUGCCCUUUGGGGAUGAUGUUAUUUGUGAUAGUAAAGAUUGUCCAGUUUUUUACUCUAGGACGCGCGAAAUGAGUAAUUGGAAGAGCUCAACGUCAGUUUUGGAGCCUGUUGUUAGGGAAUUGGAACGGCGUGAUGGGCAGGCAUUGGAUUGGUAGAUGGAUCUGUUUGGGUGGCAUGUUGAUUAUAUACCCUUGUAUUACUUGACUUUGUAUAUUAUCUUCUUUGACUAAUCGACUUAUUUGCGCAAGGUAACACUUAUGA